UUGGCCCAAGCCCGGAUCUUCACGCAAGCUUUUACCGGAGCUGAACCUCAUCCAUACCUGUUCUGAUACCAUGGCGCCCGCCUGUGCGGCGGCCGCCCUCCUCGCCCUCGUGGCGCCCGCGGCCCGCGCGCUGAUCUUGGAGGCGCGGGGCGGCUGCGGUUCCUCCCCGAUGGACUUCCCCGCCUUCGUCGAGGAGUACGGCCGCGCCUACCUGCCCGGCUCGGAGGAGUACGCCCUGCGCCGGUCGGUCUUCGAGGCGCGGGCCGCGCGGAUAUCGAGCCACAACUGCGACCCGACGGUGCUGCACACGGCCGCGGUCAACCACCUCACGGACUGGACCGGGGAGGAGCUGGCCACGCUGAGGGGCCACAGGUCCCGCCGGGGCCGAGGGCCCGAGGCCCUGGGUCAGACGCCGCUGCUGCUGGCGAAGCGCGGCAGGGGCGUCGCGCAGCCCGUGCCCGCGAACUUCUCCUGGAGCCACUUGGCCGCCAUCAAGGCCGACAGCGCCACGCAGGGGUCCUGCGGGAGCUGCUGGGCGCACGCCUCUCGGCUGACCAUGCAGGCCCGGGCAGAGGUCAAGGGGUUGAAGCACGUCGGAUGGUCUGCCAGCCAGCUCGUCGCGUGCACACCGAACCCACACAACUGCGGCGGCCAGGGCGGCUGCCAGGGGGCCACAGCGGAGCUCGCGUACGAGUACGUGCUGAACAAGGGCCUGCUGCCUGACGACGAGUACCUCGACUUGACCGGGGAGGACAAUCAGUUCGAGUGCCCCAGCUCAUUGAAGGUGUCAUCCGAGGUCGCCACAAGGGGCAUCGUCGGCGCUGACGGCAGCGAAGAGCACCGCGCAAAGGCAAAGAUGGCCGGGCGCGCCCUUGGCCUCACCGGGUGGACGAAGUUGCCCGAGAACAAAGAGGACGCGAUCGUGCGGGAGUUGAUGACCAACGGCCCCUUGUACGUCGCAGUGGCCGCCGGCGACGGUUGGUUCGACUACAGCACUGGCGUCAUGACGGAGGCCUCGUGCGACAGGGACAACACCCUGAACCACGCAGUGGUUCUCUUCGCUUGGGGCGUUAAGGCGAAGACCGUGCGCGGCCCGGUCAAGUAUUGGCAGAUCAAGAACUCUUGGGGUCCGCAAUGGGGAGAGAGCGGCACUGGCCGCUUCCUCCGGACGGACAACGAGGAGAAGGUGUGCGGUUGGGACGAGGACCCCCAGGCGGGCUCGGGCUGCGACGGCGGCCCCUCGAGGGUGUGGGUCUGCGGCACCUGCGGCGUCCUCUACGACGCCGUGGCGCCGCAUUUCUGAGGGCCGCCGCCGGGGGACCAGCGCCGGGCCUCGACCUCCUCGUCGAGGUGGUUGCGUCCUCUUCCGCCUCGCCACCUCUCACGCCUAAGCGUUGGAGAAUGAUGUUUCGCAUUUCUCGCGCGCUGACCUGACGGCACGGUCCGUCCCGCUUGUGGUCUUCUCGUGAACAUUGACCACCAGAGGAAAGGAGG